GGGAGGCUGCUCCCCGCAGUGGUGUGAAGAGGAGCUGCUCCUCACGGCUGCCGCUGGGACGCUGGCUCCCCGCUGAAUGCGCCAGAGGGCAGGUCCGCUGGCUUCACGGCCCCUUUGCCAGCCCAUGCCCACUGCACGUCCAGCUUCCUGGGAGCCGCCAGAGCGCUGGCGGCCGGAAAAGGGGGGCGGUGCGUAGUUCCCCGCCCGGCCCUCCCCACGGAGGCGGCCACGUCAGCGCGACGUCGACCGGGUCUCGCGGCCGGAUGGGGAAGGCGGCGGCGGCGGCGGCCUUUGGGGCCGAAGUCGGGGUGCGGCUCGCGCUGUUUUCGGCCUUCCUGGUGACGGAGCUGCUCCCCCCGUUCCAGAGGCUUAUCCAGCCGGAGGAGAUGUGGCUCUAUCGGAACCCCUACGUGGAGGCGGAGUAUUUCCCCACCAAACCGAUGUUUGUUAUUGCAUUUCUCUCUCCACUGUCUCUGAUCUUCCUGGCCAAAUUUCUCAAGAAGGCAGACACAAGAGACAGCAGACAAGCCUGCCUGGCUGCCAGCCUUGCCCUGGCUCUGAAUGGCGUCUUUACCAACAUAAUAAAACUGAUCGUAGGGAGGCCACGCCCCGAUUUCUUCUACCGCUGCUUCCCUGAUGGGCUAGCCCAUUCGGACUUGAUGUGUACAGGGGAUAAGGACGUGGUGAAUGAGGGCCGAAAGAGCUUCCCCAGUGGACAUUCUUCCUUUGCAUUUGCUGGUCUGGCCUUUGCUUCCUUCUACCUGGCAGGGAAGUUACACUGCUUCACACCGCGAGGCCGUGGGAAGUCUUGGAGGCUCUGCGCCUUUCUGGCGCCUCUGCUUUUUGCAGCUGUGAUUGCACUGUCCCGCACGUGUGACUACAAGCAUCACUGGCAAGAUGUACUCGUUGGAUCCAUAAUUGGAAUGACAUUUGCCUAUGUCUGCUAUCGGCAGUAUUAUCCUCCUCUGACUGAUGUAGAAUGCCAUAAACCAUUUCAGGACAAACGUGCACUUUCUACUGCACAGAAGCAGCCUGGGGAUUCUUAUUGUUUUGAUAUCUAAAAAUUGAAUCUGGCUAGGCACGGUGACUUACGCCUGUAAUCCCAACACUUCUUUGGGAAGCCUAGGAGGGUGGAUCACCUGAGGUCAGGAGUUUGGGACCAGCCUGGCCAACAUGGUGAAACCCUGUCUCUACUAAAAGUAUAAAAAUUAGCCAGGAGAGGUGGUACACCUGUAAAUCCCAGCUACUCGGGAGGCUGAGGUGGGAGAAUUGCAUGAACCUGGGAGGCAGAGGCUGCAGUGAGCCGAGAUCACACCACUGCACUCCAGCUUAGACAACAGAGUGAGACCCCAUCUCAAAAAAAAAGAAUCUACUUCCAUGAAGAACAGGUGAACUAGCCCUCCAAACUGGACCAUGCACAAGACAAGAAAUUUUGGCCAUUUUUUCCCCUUCCAAGGUACAAGUGAGGACAUAAGUCACACUGUAUUCUGCCUCCAAAUGAUUACGCACUUUUGCCCCUGCUCACACAGCUCUAUCUUGAGGAGGCACAGCUCUUGUCAACUACUGUAUGCCAUAUAUUCUAGUAAAGGGAUAUUUCAAAGGCAUCCAACAGCUUAUGAAUCUGGCCUAUCAGAUUGAUAUCCAAAGAUCUACAUAGUUUUAAAUUUAAUUUCCAUUUUGUAAAGCUCAAAAAUCUUAAAAUCUAAGGCAUGACCAGCUAAAUUACUUUGAUUCUGUUUAUCUUCUGUGAUGACAAUUCCAUCAAGCCUUAAAUAGGAAAAUGUCAAAUCUGGGGUAAUUUAUCACUUUUGUGCGUAUCUUACCUGAGUCCAGCCAUCUGGUACUGCUACACAUUUUUAACACCGUGGGCAUAAACAGUGUUGGAUUACGAAGUGAACACCAUGAUAAAGAAGAAAAUGGUCAGGAGUAUGGUUUCAGUACUAACAGAUGAUUGUUUCUACCUCAUUUGACCGUAACUGUGAGCUUCUCUCCUUCCAUUCAUAAAUGAAGAUCUGCUCAAAUGCACCAAUACUGCCAAGUGACUAAGAAAAGAAAAAUUACAGACAUCACCACCUGAAGGACAAAUGAAUCUUUUUCUGCCCCUUCUUCACAAUGGGAUAUAAGGAACAGUUACAGUGUGUCAUCAGAACUGAUGCCAUAGGACCUACAGCUCCCUUUCUCUUUAUUGUGAUUAUACUUUAAAUAUGACCUUGUCUUUUAUCUGUAUCUUCCUAUAUUUUCAAUAUAUCUUUUUCCUUCAGUAAACCUGAUAUUCAAAUAAAA